UGUCCCUCGGAGAAGAUUCCACUUGCAUAGAGAAGUCGGUUCUAUGUGGUCAUAGUGAACGCGUUGGUCCUUUCUUCGUCGUGUGCUCUUUUCAGUGUGGUGUGGUUCUCUGGCAGUGCUUUUCUGGUGGAAAAUUUAGUGAUCCAGCACCGUAAGCCUCUCGGAUGCUGGCUCCGGAAGUGUGAACAUAGCUUAAACAAAGAAGAAAAAACGGAAGGUCUCAAAAUUUCGAGAGUUCGGUAAUACACAGUCAAAAACAAGCAACAACAAAAAAACACAUCAAGGGGAAAAUUCGGAAAAUUUUCUUCUCGCCUAGCUCUUAGUGGUUCAUUUUCGGAAAACGCGCCACCGCCAGUGUGUGUGAAAGGGCACAGCCAUGGCCGACAAAAAAGUAGCGGAACAAUAUUACACCCCGCCCGAAAAACUGGGAAAAUGGGAAGGAUUCAGCAAGUUCCUCUGGAACGGCGAAACGAGCCAAUGCAUGGGCCGAACUGGCUCCAGUUGGGCAAAGAUUCUAUUCUUCUAUCUGGUGUUCUACGCCCUGCUGAUAGGAUACUUCUCAGCAAUGCUGGCAGUAUUCUGGCAAACGUUAGACCCCAAGAUGCCCAAAUUCCAGCUAUCUGAGUCGUUGAUAGGAGCAAAUCCAGGUCUCGGCUUCCGACCGAUGCCCGUCGAGGACACCGUCGAGAGUACGCUGGUCUGGUACAAGGCCUCGGACAACGGCAACAUCGAAGCCUGGACCCGGCAGAUUGACAUUUUCUUGAAGGCAUACCACGAGGAAGAGGACAACCGCGUCGACUGCUCGUUCGACACUCCACCGCCAGAGGGCAAGGUUUGCCGAGUACCGAUGAACGAAUGGGGACCCUGCACCAAGGCGAACCGCUACAACUUCAAGAAGAAGAGCCCGUGCAUAUUCCUCAAGCUCAACAAGAUCUUCAACUGGGUCCCGGAUCUGUACAACACUACCGAGAACCUGCCCGAGGUCAUGCCCGAGGAUCUCCGAGAGCACAUCGGCUCCGAGCUUGGCCGAGGUGACAAGAACGCCAACAUCGUUUGGGUGUCGUGCGCCGGUGAGAAUCCCGCCGACAACGAGCACAUCGGACCGAUCAACUACAUCCCGCGUCGAGGAUUCCCGGGCUACUUCUUCCCGUUCAAGAACACCGAAGGAUACCUGCCCCCGAUCGUCGCCGUGCACUUCGAGAGCCCCAAGAAUGGCGUCCUGAUCAACAUUGAGUGCAAAGCCUGGGCGAAAAACAUCCACCACGACCGCGCGGACCGAAGAGGGUCCGUCCACUUCGAGCUGAUGGUCGACUAAGAGACGCGGCCAUCGUCCCUAGUAGCAGCUGGCAAGAGCAAGGCAGGCCGAAGAAGAUGAGUCUAGGAGCAGGCGAGCGAGAAAACGUUAAAAACCGGCAGUAGAAGAAGAACAACAUCAACCAAAAGAAACCUUGAGCAAACAAAUGUGUGAAAAAUUAAGACCGAACCGUGAAAAAGAAGAGCAACUAACACUGUAACACUGAGAAGAAAAAUGACACUUAUUAAGAGAAAACAAAAGAAAAAAAAAAUGAAACAAUUAGUAACUGAUAAGCAUUGAAAAAGGAGCGAGCGGUAGCCAUCGAGAUGAAGAAGAAAAAGAAGCGACGUUUCGAAAGUGAUGCAACAUCGGACAGUAAGUAAUUCAAACUAAAACAACAAAUCUAGGUGCGAUCAUUAAUUAAUUUAAAAAAAUAAUUAAAAAUACUACAAAAUAGUGGUUAAAGGUAAACACAACAAAAAAAAUUAAAAAAAAAAAACAAUGCGCGAAAACAUCAUCUCGUUUAGGUCGAUAACAAAGGAAACAUGUACAGCUCUUAAAUGUAUACUCAUACUGAAAUCGCGACGACAUCCGUAAACAAACCAAACAAACUAACAAAUUGCAGAAAUAAGCGAAUAAACUAAGCGAAAGAGCGAAAGAGGUUAGCCCUGCCGGACGAGCGAAAUCAACAGUCAGAGUCAGAACAGAACAAGAGCAUACAGUGAGAGAGUAAGGAGGUGAUGAUGUGCGUGAACCAAUAGGACUGAAGAAGUGUGCAACAAGAUCGCAACGCAGAAAGAGAGAGAGAUAGAAACCAUUCACAUGCUAAAAAAAGAAACUCACACAUAGAGAAUGAGAAAGUUAAGAGAAAGUGACAAAUUCUUCAAAAAAGGCUUGAUGAGAGAACGAGGAGAAGCAUGUUUCGGAAGAAAUUAUUUACGAAGUAAUUUGAAAACGCUGAAUCAGUUUGUUUUCGAAUUUCCGAACUGUGUACAAACUCGAACACGGAGGAGUAAACAAAAAAAAUUAAGCAAAAAUAUUUAUUGAAAAGACCGAAAAGCACAGAAGAAAGGAUAUUUUUUGUAUGAGUCAAAAUACUUAAACAAUGUGAAGCUUUUUAUAGAGAAUUAAUGAAACAAAUCGCAAGGACAAGCAUUGCACAGAGUCUCGAUAUAUUUGUGGUUCGAUUAAAAGGUGGAUCUGUUUCGUUUACUCAGUUUACAAAGUUUAAUGCGUUAUGAUGAGUGGAAUAUUUAACUAAAAGAGAAAAUCACAAAUAUAUCUGCGCGGAAUAUCAGCAAAACAACAUGAGCAGCAAAACGCAAAACAAAAAAAGCAAAAACAUAAAACAACUAGAAGUAAUUGAUCUAAGAGAAAAGAAUAGUUGCUAAUAAAAACAGAAAAGCAAAUCUAGUGCAACACAAGCAAAUCAUCUGAAUGAGAAACACGUUCAAGGGCCUCUUUCUAUUCUUACACUCACUGCCCAACAAAAGAAAAACAAAUAAUAACAAACAAACAACAAAAAACAUGAAAUUGCCCAAGUAAACAACUUACUGUAAAAAGUAAAACGGUACACAAAGAAAACAACACAAACACAACACACCGCAGCAUACAAGAGCAACCUAAGAGAAAACAAAAAAUCAAGCAAAAAGCCAUAAUUUGAUGUAAUUAAAGCCCCGAAGAAAAACCAGAAAGUAAAACAAUACAAAAAGCGAUGCAAAAGCAAGUAAAAAUUUGAUAAUGUAAUUAGGAACUUCGACAUUUAACAGAAACAAACAAAGUAAAAAAAAAAACAAAAGUAAAUAAAUUUGAUAACUUCACAGUCUUGAAGUCCGGUGGCUCGUGCUCGUGCUUCCGCUUGACAGCUCAGAUUGAGCUGUCUUCGGGGGGUGGGCGCGGCGCUGUUGGCAUCCCAGUUAGGAGCGAUUAUUUUUGCUUCCAAAGCGUGGACGGAUCCAAGCAAAACAACAACAACAAAUAUGGCGGAAACGUCACAUGACUGCCGUUGACAUUCGUCCUUGGAAGCAAAGGUAGUCCAUUUGCAAAUAAUAGAAAAAAAAGUUGUUGAAAGUAUUAUUAUUAUUAUUACUAAUAUAAUUGGGAAGACAUUGAUAGAAAAAAGAAUAAAAUCAAACACAAAAAAUUGAGCCUCGUAUAAAUAACAGAAGAGUAAACAAAGAAACCAUAGCGAAAAAGAAAAACAAUGUGGACAAAAUAGAAGAAAAACGAUAAAAACACACACACACAGCUAUAAAUGAAUGUUAUUGAUAGUGCGCAACUGCAUUUUUAAUGUGCUAACUUCGUUUUCUUACCAAAACACAAACACACAACCACACACACAUACAAACACGCGGCGAGCGCUGCCAGAAUGUGUUGGCGGUGGUUCGCGAUCUGUCAGAAAAUUUUUAAUGUUGCGUUUGCGUAGGCGGUAGAACGGCGUCAUCGUACACAGAUUUCACGGCGAAGUAUAAAAACACUAAACUAGGAUUAGCUUAAAGAAAAAAUGGUAAACAGUUUCGAUUCACACCACGCCUAGAAUAAGUUUGGUUUCGGUUUUAAGAAUUUUUUUGUUCGACUUUUUCAAGACUGAUGUCGGUGGAAAGCAUUGCAUUGUCGUGCCCCUCGAGCGCGCGUGCGAGCUGUCAGGGUGACAGCAUUGGCUGUCAAGUUUGAUGGUGUUUUUGGUGAACGAGGGGAGCUUCGAUGUUGUUUUCCAUGACGACAUAAGUUUGGGAUGGUUUGGAUUGCUUUUAGUUUCGAUUUUCGUUUGUGUCUGUUGUUAUUUAUUUGUAGUGUAAAACUUAUUUAUUUACCUUCGACCGGUUCAUCAGAGUAUUGCAUUAGUUGGUAGUAUUAGUUUAUAUUUUUCGUUUUACUUUCGGUUUAAAUCAAAUACUUGCGCACUGUGUUCAUAUAUCGAAUGCCAUGAAAGAAAGGAAAAAUAAAAACAUGUUUAAGUCGUUGAUGAAUACUAUUUAAGUGCAGCAUAGAUUAACUAUAAUGAACGAUUAACUAAACAAUAGCAGAAAAACACACACACAUAGUAAUGGAGAAAAAACGAUAAAAGCGUCAUGCCGUACAGCUACCGUACAUUUUGAGCUUAGGCGUCUGUAGUUUUAUAUAAAUUUAGUCAAUUUUUUCAAAAGAGAAAAACAAACGAAGUGAGCUACUAGCGAACAUGAUGAAUCAUUUCAGUUGUAUUUAGUUAUAAUUAAGAUAGUAUAUCAGUGACAAAAGCGCCUUUUCCGCGAAGGCUUUGCAAAAUAUACAAACAUAAAAAAAGAUUGUCAAUGAAUUGUCAGAUUUCUUUUCCUGUUAUUUCAAUAAUUACACGACGAGUUGAGUUUGCCGAAAGAUUUGUUACAGCCAGCUGGAAAGUAUACAUAAAAAUAGCAAAAUCAUCUCGAGUACAGUAAAACUGAUUGUUAGAUUUAAAUUACCGCAGAUAUGAACUAAGAUGCAGAAUUACCAGAGUAAACAAGAAGAAAAAAAAAACAGCAAAAACUCCAAGUUAUCGAAAUAGAGCAAAACAAAACCAGUUACGGCGAAGGGAAUCAACUAAAUAGCGCCAAUCACAUUCUAGUUUUACUUACCAAGCCGCCAGGUAGCGUCGCUUUCAGGCAAACUACACUACAUAAGGCAUUUAAAGGGGUUCUUAACGCAAAAAAAGAAUAGUUUCAUUCACUUACAACAGCAGAACAAGCAAAAACUAUAAAAUAACACCCACCACAUACACACGAUUACGGCUAAACGUAAAAAAAAUAAUGGAAAAUAUAAACAAAAAAAAGUUAUAAAAAAUAAACAAAACACAAUGUAAAGCUAUUAUAUCUUUUUAAUGAAUAAUUAUUGAAAUAAAAACUGAGAAAUCUGUAGAGACGAAA